GGGGCGGUCGAUAAGCGCGUCGGCUGCUUAAAAUAUUUUGGAAAAAGUUUAGGAUAUAACAGUGAAACCGCAAAAUUAAGGAUCACGAAGGAUAGGAGAUCGUUAAGAAGCAAAAGUGAAGCGACUAGCGUGCACUAGACUUAUCAUACGAUGUUGUCACGCGGCAACACCGCGCCGAUUUUCUACCGGAUUCUGUCCCGGUUCCCGCCCGGCUUCUCGUUCUGUUUCGCAUACGGCUCUGGUGUGAAGCAACAGCUCGGUUACGACACGAUUCGAUCGAAGCGAAACAUGAUCGAUCUGAUCUACACCGUGGACAAUCCAACCCGGUGGCACACCGCCAAUUUGGACCUUAACUUUGAUCACUACUCCGGCAUGCGGUUACUGGGCGGAAACGUGAUUGCUCGCUUCCAGGAGAACUUGGGCGCGCGAGUUUACUUCAACACGCUAGUGCACCUGCCGGAGGAGGACGUCAUCAUUAAGUACGGUGUCGUAUCGACGAAGGACCUGCUAGAGGAUCUGAUCGAGUGGCGCUGCCUUUAUCUUGCCGGCCGGCUCCACAAACCGGUCGAAAUCAUACGCAACGCUUCCAGUUCCAAAAUUCAGAACGCGAUGGAGCAGAAUCUACGAUCGGCACUGCACGCCGCCCUGCUUAUGCUUCCCGAAAAAUUCACCGAGUUCGAGCUGUACCGGGCAAUCUCCAACCUAAGCUACGCUGGAGACUUCCGCAUGAUCUUCGGCGAAAAUAAGAACAAAGUGAACAACAUUGUGCGACCACAGAUCGAGAACUUCCGCAACCUGUACGCGAGUUCGAUCGCCGAGCAGCGUCACUGUCUGGAGUUACCGAUGAAUGGCAGUGAUAAUCAAAUCUGCACACAAGAUGUCUCAGAAGCUGCCAUUCUAGCACACCUGAAUGGGCUGCCAAGGUGGCCAAUCCGACGUAUUGUCGAACGACAAACCAGUGGACGGUAUCGGCAGGACACCGAGGAUAUCUUGAUAGGCGUGUCCCGCUCCUCGAACUACCGUGCAAUCGUUGCGCGCUGUUUACGAUCGAUCGUGUGGACCAGCAGUGUUUGGCAAUCGAUCAAAAAUAUUCCCACGGCCGGUGCCAGCAAGGCGGUUCGCUACAGCUGGGCAAAAGCACUGAAGACGUUCAGCUAAAAGGAAGCGGAAGCGAUUAUGCUUCUCGAAUACCCUAGUCGAAUGAAUGAAAAACUCAAUAAAGAUGCCAAUGGAACUGUU